AUGCUGCUAGCAUGGCAGUCGGUGACGCAAGCGAUGCUGCUAAUGUGGCAGUCGGUGGCGCGAGCAAUGAUGCUAGCGUGGCAGUCAGCGACUACAGCGAUGCUGCCAGCGUGGCAGUCGGCGACGCAAGCGAUGCUGCUAACUUGGCAGUCGGUGGCGCGAGCAAUGCUGCUAGCGUGGCAGUCAGCGACGCAAGCGAUGCUGCUAGCGUGGCAGUCGGUGGCGCGAGCAAUACUGCUAGCGUGGCAGUCAGCGACGCAAGCGAUGCUGCUAGCGUGGCAGUCAGCGACUACAGAGAUGCUGCCAGCGUGGCAGUCGGCGACUACAGCGAUGCUGCCAGCGAGGCAGUCGGCGACACAAGCGAUGCUGCUAGCGUGGGAGUCGGUGGCGCGAGCGUGGCUGUCGUCGGCUACACCGAUGCUGCCAGCGGGGCUGUCGGCAUCGCGAGUGAUGUUUCCAGCGUGGCAGUCGGCGACUACAGCAAUGCUGCUAGCGAGACAGUCGGCAUCGCAAGUGAUGCUGCCAGCGUGGCAGUCGGCGGCUACAGCGAUGCUGCCAGCGAGGCAGUCGGCGACACAACCGAUGCUGCUAGCGUGGGAGUCGGUGGCGCGAGCGUGGCUGUCGUCGGCUACAUCGAUGCUGGCAGCGUGGCUGUCGGCAUCGCGAGUGAUGUUGCCAGCGUGGCAGUCGGCGACUACAGCAAUGCUGCCAGGGGAGGCAGUCGGCGACACAAGCGAUGCUGCUAAUGUGGCAGUCGGUGGCGCGAGCAAUGCUGCUAGCGUGGCAGUCAGCGACUACAGCGAUGCUGCCAGCGUGGCAGUCGGCGACGCAAGCGAUGCUGCUAACUUGGCAGUCGGUGGCGCGAGCAAUGCUGCUAGCGUGGCAGUCAGCGACGCAAGCGAUGCUGCUAGCGUGGCAGUCGGUGGCGCGAGCAAUACUGCUAGCGUGGCAGUCAGCGACGCAAGUGAUGCUGCUAGCGUGGCAGUCGGUGAGGCGAGCGGGCCUGUCGGCGGCUAUAUCGAUCCUGCCGGCGUGGCAGUCGGCGACUGCAGCGAUGCUGCCAGCGCGGAAGUCGGUAACGCAAGCGAUUCUGCUAACGUGGCAGUCGGUGGCACGAGCAAUGCUGCUAGCGUGGCAGUCAGCGACGCAAGCGAUGCUGCUAGCGUGGCAGUCAGCGACUACAGCGAUGCUGCCAGCGUGGCAGUCGGCGACGCAAGCGAUGCUGCUAGCGUGCCAAUCGGUGGCGCGAGCAAUGCUGCUAGCGUGGCAGUCGGCGACGGAAGCGAUGCUGCUAGCGAGGCAGUCAGCGACUACAGCGAUGCUGCCAGCGUGGCAGUCGGUGGCGCGAGCAAUGCUGCUAGCGUGGCAGGCAGCGACGCAAGCGAUGCUGCCAGCCGUAGCAGUCAGCAGCAAGCGAGCGGGGCUGUCGGCGGCUACACCGAUGCUGCCAGCGUGGCUGUCGGCAUCGCGAGUGAUGCUUCCAGCGUGGCAGUCGGCGACUUCAGCGGUGCUGCCCGCGUGGCAGUCGGUAACGCAAACGAUGCUGCUAGCGUGGGAGUCGGUGGCGCGAGCGUGGCUGUCGUCGACUACACCGAUGCUGCCAGCGUUGCUGUCGGCAUCGCGAGUGAUGUUGCCAGAGUGGCAGUCGGCGACUACAGCAAUGCUGCUAGCGAGGCAGUCGGCGACACAAGCGAUGCUGCUAACGUGGCAGUUGGUGGCGCGAGCGUGGCUGUUGGCGGCUACACCGAUGCUGCCAGUUUGAAUGUCGGCAUCGCGAGUGAUGCUGCCAGCGUGGCAGUCAGCGACUACAGCGUUGCUGCAAGCGAGGCAGUCGGCGACACAAGCGAUGCUGCUAGCGUGGCAGUCGGUUGCGCGAGCGUGGCUGUCGUCGGUUACACCGAUGCUGCCAACGUGGCUGUCGGUAUCGCGAGUGAUGCUGCCAGCGUGGCAGUGGGCGACUACAGCUAUACUGCCAGCGUAGCAGUCAGCAACGCAAGCGAUGCUGCUAGCGCGGCAGUCGGUGGCGCGAGCGGGGCUGUCGGCGGCUACACCGAUGCUGCCAGCGUGGCUGUCGGCAUCGCGAGUGAUGCUUCCAGCGUGGCAGUCGGCGACUUCAGCGGUGCUGCCCGCGUGGCAAUCGGUAACGCAAGCGAUGCUGCUAGCGUGGCAGUCGGUGGCGCGAGCGGGGCUGUUGGCGGCUACACCGAUGCUGACGGCGUGGCAGUCGGCGACUACAGCGAUGCUGCCAGCGUGGCAGUCGGUAACGCAAGCGAUGCUGCUAGCGUGGCAGUCGGUGGCGCGAGCGGGGCUGUUGGCGGCUACACCGAUGCUGCCGGGGUGGCAGUCGGCUACUACAGCGAUGCUGCCAGCGUGGCAGUCGGUAACGCAAGCGAUGCUGCCAGCGUGGCAGUCGGUGGCGCGAGCAAUACUGCUAGCGUGGCAGUCAGCGACGCGAGCGAUGCUGCUAGCGUGGCAGUCAGCGACUACAGCGAUGCUGCCAGCGUGGCAGUCGGCGACGCAAGCGAUGCUGCUAAUGUGGCAGUCGGUGGCGCGAGCAAUGAUGCUAGCGUGGCAGUCAGCGACUACAGCGAUGCUGCCAGCGUAGUAGUCGGCGACGCAAGCGAUGCUGCUAACUUGGCAGUCGGUGGCGCGAGCAAUGCUGCUAGCGUGGCAGUCAGCGACGCAAGCGAUGCUGCUAGCGUGGCAGUCGGUGGCGCGAGCAAUACUGCUAGCGUGGCAGUCAGCGACGCAAGCGAUGCUGCUAGCGUGGCAGUCAGCGACUACAGAGAUGCUGCCAGCGUGGCAGUCGGCGACUACAGCGAUGCUGCCAGCGAGGCAGUCGGCGACACAAGCGAUGCUGCUAGCGUGGGAGUCGGUGGCGCGAGCGUGGCUGUCGUCGGCUACACCGAUGCUGCCAGCGGGGCUGUCGGCAUCGCGAGUGAUGUUUCCAGCGUGGCAGUCGGCGACUACAGCAAUGCUGCCAGCGAGACAGUCGGCAUCGCAAGUGAUGCUGCCAGCGUGGCAGUCGGCGGCUACAGCGAUGCUGCCAGCGAGGCAGUCGGCGACACAAGCGAUGCUGCUAGCGUGGGAGUCGGUGGCGCGAGCGUGGCUGUCGUCGGCUACAUCGAUGCUGGCAGCGUGGCUGUCGGCAUCGCGAGUGAUGUUGCCAGCGUGGCAGUCGGCGACUACAGCAAUGCUGCCAGGGAGGCAGUCGGCGACACAAGCGAUGCUGCUAGCGUGGCAGUCGGUGGCGCGAGCGUGGCUGUUGGCGGCUACACCGAUGCUGCCAGUUUGGCUGUCGGCAUCGCGAGUGAUGCUGCCAGCGUGGCAGUCAGCGACUACAGCGUUGCUGCAAGCGAGGCAGUCGGCGACACAAGCGAUGCUGCUAGCGUGGCAGUCGGUUGCGCGAGCGUGGCUGUCGUCGGCUACACCGAUGCUGCCAACGUGGCUGUCGGCAUCGCGAGUGAUGCUGCCAGCGUGGCAGUAGGCGACUACAGCGAUACUGCCAGCGUAGCAGUCAGUAACGCAAGCGAUGCUGCUAGCGUGGCAGUCGGUGGCGCGAGCGAUGCUUCCAGCGUGGCAGUCGGCGACUUCAGCGGUGCUGCCCGCGUGGCAGUCGGUAACGCAAGCGAUGCUGCUAGCGUGGCAGUCGGUGGCGCGAGCGGGGCUUUUGGCGGCUACACCGAUGCUGCCGGCGUGGCAGUCGGCGACUACAGCGAUGCUGCCAGCGUGGCAGUCGGUAACGCAAGCGAUGCUGCCAGCGAGGCAGUCGGCGACAAAAGCGAUGCUGCUAGCGUGGGAGUCGGUGGCGCGAGCGUGGCUGUCCCCGGCUACACCGAUGCUGCCAGCGUGGCAGUCGGAAUCGCAAGUGAUGCAGCCAGCGUGGCAGUCCACGACUACAGCGAUGCUGCCAGCGAGGCAGUCGGCGACACAAGCGAUGCUGCUAGCGUGGGCGUCGGUGACGCGAGCGUGGCUGUCGUCGGCUACACCGAUGCUGCCAGCGUGGCUGUCGGCAUCGCGAGUGAUGUUGCCAGCGUGGCAGUCGGUGACUACAGAAAUGCUGCCAGCGAGGCAGUCGGCAUCGCAAGUGAUGCUUCCAGCGUGGCAGUCGGCGACUACAGCGAUGCUGCUAGCAUGGCAGUCGGUGACGCAAGCGAUGCUGCUAGCGUGGCAGUCGGUGGCGCGAGCGUUGCUGUCGGCGGCUACACCGAUGCUGCCAGCGUGGCUGUCGGCAUCGCGAGUGAUACCGCCAGCGUGGCAGUCCGCGACGACAGCGAUGCUGCCCGCGUGGCAGUCGGUAACGCAAGCGAUGCUGCUAGCGUGGCAGUCGGUGGCGCGAGCGGGGCUGUUGGCGGCUACACCGAUGCUGCCGGCGUGGCUGUCGGCAUCGCUAGUGAUGCUUCCAGCGUGGCAGUCGGCGACUUCAGCGGUGCUGCCCGCGUGGCAGUCGGUAAGGCAAGCGAUGCUGCUAGCGUGGCAGUCGGUGGCGCGAGCGGGGCUGUUGGCGGCUACACCGAUGCUGCCGGCGUGGCAGUCGGCGACUACAGCGAUGCUGCCAGCGUGGCAGUCGGUAACGCAAGCGAUGCUGCCAGCGUGGCAGUCGGUAACGCAAGCGAUGCUGCCAGCGUGGCAGUCGACGACUACAGCGAUGCUGCCAGCGUGGCAGUCGGCGGCUACACCGAUGCUGCCAGCGUGGCUGUCGGCGACGCAAGCGGUGCUGCCAGCGUGGCAGUCGCCGACGCGAGCGUGGCUGUCGGCGACGCAAGCGGUGCUGCCAGCGUGGCAGUUGGCGUCGAAAGUGGUGCUGCCAGCGUGGCUGUCGGUGACGUGAUCAAUAACGUCAACUCUGUCGAACCUGAGAAGAGCACUAAAAACACAAUUGUUGAUAGUUACAAAAGUUUCGUAUAA